UUGCUCAGCAGUAUUUUGUACAGAACGCGAGUACUGUUCAAGCGAAUUACACGCGAAACGACUCAUUUUCCUGCGAGUUUUUGUGAAUAUCGGCGUUUCAACUCCUGAUUCAUUAUUUAGUACUCCAGUGAGCCGUAUUAUACAAUGGCGCUAUUACCAUAUUUAUUCGACGAGUUACGUCCCCGCCGCAUCCGUAACCAACUCUUUGGACUGGAUCUGUCUCCAAACGACUUCCUGACUGACGUCUUCGACCGCCCAUCAAUUCAGGUCAGAAAAUACAUUCGUCCCUGGAGGAACUUAGCGGCUGUGGCAAGAGACGUGGGUUCUACCAUUAAAACCGACAAAGAUAAAUUCCAGGUGAAUUUGGACGUCCAGCAUUUUGCUCCUGAAGAGAUUUCGGUGAAGACUGCUGAUGGGUACAUCGUCAUUGAAGGAAAACACGAAGAGAAGGAGGAUGAACAUGGAUAUGUAUCAAGGCAGUUCAAACGCCGCUACGCUCUGCCUGAAGGUUGUAACCCCGAGACAGUUGAGUCUAAAUUGUCGUCAGAUGGCGUUCUAUCGGUGAUCGCGCCAAAAUCUUCGGCUGGUGUUAAAAAUGAAAGAGCGAUUCCCAUCACUCACACAGGCCCUGUGAGAAGGAAGGCUGCUGAUGAGGAAGAGAAGGUGGAAAAUGGAGAAGCUGAAGAAGAAGUGAAGUCGCCGCAGAAGAAAAGAAGGCGUUGAUUAAAUAAGUUUAGAAUUUUUAAGUUAAGAUUUAGGACAUUCCUAUUUUUAAGACUGAU